GGCCUGGCCGCCGCGGCGCCGCUCACGCGGUCGCGUCUCCCCGCAGGUCGGCGGCAGGGUGGCCGACAGGGUGUUCGACAUCGCCAGAGCAUAUUCCCUCUUGCUUUGGAUGUUGGCUCUGGAAGAGGUUACAUAGCUCAACAUUUAACAAAGGAAACUGUCGGAAAACUUAUUCAAGUAGAUAUUGCAGAGAAUGCUUUAAAAAAUACUUUGGAAACUGAAAUCCCUACGGCCAGUGUAGUAGCUGAUGAGGAGUUCCUUCCUUUCAAAGAAGGUACAUUUGAUCUUGUUGUUAGCAGCUUAAGUUUACAUUGGGUGAAUGACCUUCCUAAAGCUUUUAGAGAGAUUCAUCAAGUACUUAAGCCAGAUGGAGUAUUUAUUGGUGCAAUGUUUGGAGGAGACACGCUGUAUGAACUUCGCUGCUCUCUGCAGCUAGCAGAGCUAGAGAGAGAAGGGGGAUUUUCUCCUCAUGUAUCCCCCUUCACUGCUGUCUCUGACUUGGGACAUCUGCUGUCAAGAGCUGGCUUUAACACUCUCACUGUGGAUACCGAUGAAAUUCAAGUAAACUAUCCAGGAUUGUUUGAGCUUAUGGAAGACUUACAAGGUAUGGGGGAGAGUAACUGCUCUUGGAAUAGAAAACCUCUGCUACACAGGGAGACUAUAUUGGCAGCCACAGCAAUAUACCAAGAAAUGUAUGGAAAUAGUGAUGGCUCAAUUCCUGCCACGUUUCAGAUAUAUUACAUGAUAGGCUGGAAAUUCCAUGAAUCACAGGCAAAACCAGCCCAGAGAGGUUCUGCAACAGUUUCAUUUGGAGAUCUGGCAAAAAUAAAUGGAAUUAUUUCAAGAAGAGAAAAAUAGUUCUUCA